CAGUUCAGUACAGGGAAAACUCACCUCCUGCAUGCAGCGUUUCAGUUUGUCGAAAUCAUUUUUUUAAGUUAGGUUAUAAUCGUAUGCAUCAAAUCAUACAAUUAAUUAUAAGCUAGUUUUUUAAGGAAAAAACUUAAAUUUAGUGAAUUUGCAGUGCGAAUAAAUUGAGAUUCCCGCAGACGAACACUUGGCGGAAACGAAAGUUACGUAUUGAAGUCGUGGCUUUAGUUCUCUAAGCUAAACAACCGCAAAGUGUGGAUAUAGCAUAUUCAAGCCCCUUCAGUAGUCGGAGCGAGUUUCUUCACUUAAGCUAGCUAUACUUUGCUUAAAUAAAACUAACGAUAACAAACUAAGAAACUACUAGUUAAACUUCAUUAAGGUAUUAAAAAUACUAUAUUCGGUUAGAAAACCAGCGCAAAAAGUACAGAAAAGUUUGCUGCAGCAACAGAAGAAGUAACGGCCUAAAAACGAUUUCAACAACUGCAACUAGUCCUCAGAAGAUCAUGGAGGAAGACGAGAGGGGAAAACUUUUUGUUGGCGGUCUUUCAUGGGAGACGACGCAGGAGAAUCUAUCGCGUUAUUUCUGCCGUUUCGGAGAAAUCAUUGAUUGUGUAGUAAUGAAGAACAACGAGAGCGGUCGUUCCCGUGGUUUUGGUUUCGUUACUUUUGCAGAUCCUGCAAAUGUGAACCAUGUACUACAAAGCGGUCCGCAUACACUUGACGGGCGAACAAUCGAUCCGAAACCAUGUAAUCCACGCACUCUUCAAAAACCUAAAAAGGGUGGCGGCUAUAAAGUUUUUCUUGGUGGAUUGCCAUCCAAUGUAACUGAGACGGAUUUGCGUACAUUCUUUGGACGAUAUGGCAAAGUAACUGAGGUUGUUAUCAUGUACGAUCAAGAAAAGAAAAAAUCGCGUGGUUUCGGCUUCUUAUCCUUUGAAGAGGAAUCUUCUGUGGAACAUGUCACCAAUGAACGGUACAUCAAUCUUAAUGGCAAACAGGUGGAAAUCAAAAAGGCGGAACCACGUGAUGGAUCUGGUGGUCAAAACGCUAAUAAUAGCAAUGUUAGUGGUGGCUAUGGAAAACUUGGCAAUGAAUGCAAUCAUUGGGGCCCCCAUCACGCGCCUAUUAAUAUGAUGCAGGGUCAAAAUGGCCAAAUGGGAGGUCCACCACUUAACAUGCCAAUUGGAGCUCCAAAUAUGAUGCCUGGCUAUCAAGGUUGGGGAACUUCGCCGCAACAACAAGGCUAUGGUUAUGGAAACAGCGGCCCUGGUUCAUACCAAGGUUGGGGUGCACCACCGGGACCACAGGGACCACCACCGCAAUGGUCGAACUAUGCAGCUGGUCCGCAACAAACACAAGGAUAUGGAGGUUAUGAUAUGUACAAUUCGACCUCAACUGGCGGACCAUCGGGUCCUUCAGGUGGUGGAAGCUGGAACUCUUGGAAUAUACCACCAAAUUCGGCUGGUCCAACGGGAGCACCAGGCGCUGCUGCUGGAAGCGCUACUGAUAUGUAUUCACGCGCUCAAACAUGGGGUGCUGGUGGCCCCUCGACAACUGGUCCAGUAGGUGGCAUGCCGCGAACUGGUCCUGGUAACUCAGCGUCAAAAUCAGGCUCUGAAUAUGACUACGGCGGUUAUGGCUCUGGUUAUGAUUAUGACUACAGCAACUAUGGCAAGCAAGACGGCGGUGCUUCGAACUACGGCGCCGGACCACGUUCAACGUAUGGAAAUGACAGUGCAACACAACCUCCAUACGCUGCCUCGCAGGCAGUUUAAGGCGCAUUAGUCUAGAUACACUUAACGCGUCCAAAUUGCAGCGUCCUCGCCGAGGUAGUGAACGUUGCCUUUUGGCCGUGUACAGUGAAACAAGAUUAAAUUAUAAGCUUAGCGUCUAUUCAUUCAGUUCAGUUGUUGAAAUUAAUUACUAACUAUAUAUAUAUAUAUUACAUAAACAAAUACUAAAUAUAAAGUUUAUAUACAUACAUUACUUAUAUUGAGGAAAAAGGACAAAGAAAAAACAUAUGUGAAGGCAUAAAAAUAAAGCGAGAGCAUUAGGCACUUAACAAAACAUACAUAAACACACUGCUACCAUCCAUUAUACACAGACAUUGACUAAAAUCGUAGCGUAAAAUUACAAGCAAAAAGUAAAUUCAUAAUUUGAAAAUAUUUAGCGAACAAAUCGUAAACUGUUCAUUAAUCUAGUAUAAAUUUGUUAGAAUGAAUCAACUGGUACAGCUAUAAGGAUAUAUGAUGAGACUGUAGGGGAAUGGGUAUAUGUAGUGGCGAUCUUAUUUUGAAUUAAUUAUGAGUUAUUUAUUUUUUGCAUGAAUUUGAUGAAUGAAUGCCCAAAAUAACUCGCUUUUAGGCACAAUACUACAAUAAUUUAGAUGGAUAUUUUUCGGGAAUACAUUUAUACUUAACGUGUUAUAAGUUGUACCUAAUCAUUUAAAUAAGCUAUUAGUGUAUAAGGAGUUUUAUAUCUCGCUCCCCAGUAAUAUUUACUUUUAGUUCUAUAUGUUAGGACGUUUGUUAAACUGUAAAUUCGUUGCACAUCUGCACAUUUGCCGCAUUUAAAUACACUACAGUCUAACCUAGCUGGCAGUUCCAGUUGAUUUCUUUUAUUUCUUAAUCUCAAGAGAAUAGUAUUGUUAAACUACAUUAAAAUUGGAUUUUGUGUGCAUAAAUUGUAUACACCAACACACAUCCACAUCCUUAUAUAAUUACACUUAUGGUUUGAUCUUUAGUUACAACUUAAAUUAUAAUAAUAAAAAUAGUAAAUUACAAUAAUAUUUAAAUUAUAUAUACAAACAUAUACAUUGCUAUAUCAAUUUUUGAAGUGUGUAAAUGAGUAAAAUUGAAUAGGUGAAAACGAAAUGUAAACACACACAUAUAUAUUCACUUUAUAUAUAACUAUGAAGAUAGAACAACAAGAAUUAUGUGUAGUAAUAGUGAAUUAAAGCGCCAAUAUAUAUAGAUUCAUAUACAUGUAUAUAUAUUAUACAUACCUACAAACAUAGUUUACAUACAAUAAUUUAUCAAAAUUUUGAUGAAACAAGAGGACAAAAAAGGAAAAAAGAACAAAAAUUACAUUUGAAGUUGAUAAGAGUAAAUAAACGGAAUGUUUUAAUUUAGAAAUAAUAUAUUUCAUCAAGUGUAUGAUGUGUAGUCUAUAUAUAGUUUAUAACUAUUACUACGAUAAUUACAAACGCAAUUUAAAUACGGUGUCCGCGAAAGUAAUACAAACUCUAAUAUGAAUAGUAGUGAACAUGCAAAAUGCCUGUACAUUUUCUCUUUUGGGGAAGUACAGAUGACUUUGCUAAAAGUAUAGUUGUUUGAAAAACAAGCUGCAUUUUUAUUUCAGUAAAAUUCAUAACAUGUCCUCGAUUUAAAAUUAUUAUUACUAGGCAUACAUUUUUUCAAUGAAACUUGUUUCAUUAGACUUUUUUCUAAGUUUAUUGCCGCGUUUUAUGUGAACUGUAAAUGCCUUUUUUAUGUUAACUUCGCGACCCAGUUCCACUAAAUUCAAUAUGCUUACGAAUAAAGAUGUUACGAGGAUUAAGCUAAAUAAAAAAUAUACUGAUUCUAAUAUAUUUUAAACGGCAACAAAAUGGUGGUAGCUAGUGUUCACAAAUAUCACUGAUGCGAGCCUCAAACAAAUAAAAAAGCAAAAAAUAAACGCUAAUAGUAUAUUAUAACAAGAAAACCUGACGUAAUUAUUAAAUUAAAUAUAAAAAUACAAUAAAAAUAAAUUACUGUAAACACAAACAUACUUUAAAAGCCUACAUAACUAAAUUACAUUUAAAUGGAGAAUACAAGAAAACAAAAAGAAAAAUUACAAUUUAUUAUCUACCACAUACAUUUAAAUUUAUGUAAAAUUAAUCGUAACAUAAUGAUAACUAAUUUAACAAAACAAAAUAAGAUUACAUAUUUGAUAGAACGAAUGCUAAAUUACAAUUACAAUUACAAAUGAAACAACUCUAAAUUUAAUGUACGCUAGUAUAAAAUUUUAACGUAAAACUAAAUUAAAAAAAAAAACAAAAACAAGCAACCACUUGAUGCAAAGUUAAAGUAAACGUAACGUAAAGUAAAAGAGGAUUAAACACAAAACCAACACACUGACUGUUAAUUGUAAAACAAUUUCUUUAAUGAUUAUGAUUUACUAUAAAUUUUAAAGUUUAAAUUUUAAUUGAAUAUAUAAAUAUAUACAUACAUAUGUAUUAAUAUAUACAUAUAUAUUUAAAUACAUGCAUACAUACUUAUUAUCAAAUAUCGUAACUAAAUGAAAUACUAUUUAACCAAACAUGAGUUUAAUGAAGCGGGAGGCAAGCAUAGGUAAUACAUAUGAGCCUUGAGGCAAAUCUUUGGUAUGUUGUUAUAAUUGCAAUGUUAUGCUUUCGUAUUCAGUUAGCAAUAUUGACAGAUUAAACAAAAUAAAUUGAGGUGAAUUUCUGCUAAUAAAAUUAAGUGCGUUUUAAGAUCAUUUCCUUUACAAGUUUUCUAACUACACGCAUAUAUAUUAAGCUAGCAACCUAACCAGGUGGAAACAAUAGCUAAUUACUGCAAAAUGUCGAGAGUAAUAACAUUUGAUAUGAAAUAUGAGUUGCUUCAGCAUUCGGUACAAAUAAAUUAAAAAAGCGGGACGUUGUUGUACCUCAUAACCUAACCCAUUAUUGAAAGCGGGUGCACGUGACAUUAAGCAUAUGUAUUGGGGAUCAUUAACUAGAGUGAAAUCAGAGGAUAAAAAAUUAUAUUUAAUUAACAUUUUCGGGAUUACAAAUAAAAAAAAAAGUAUUUUUAAUUACAUUAUUUUUUUUCAUUAUUUGUAACUCUCCACAUUCAUAAUUCUCACAGUAUUUAUACGGCAGUGUAUUUUCGUUUUAAAUUUCAACUAACGGUGUACGAUUAAACAGAAAAUAUAGUUCAAGUAUCAAGUCGUUCUACGAUUUAUUCUAAUAAUUUAUAAUUUGCUUAUAUUCACGAAAUAUAGAAAUUAAAAAUUUGUUUAGUACCGUAGCUGGUACCAACAAGUUGGAACUACAUUUCAAUAUACAUAAGUAUGUACAUAGCAUUAGCGGUAUUAGUGCUGCAUAAUUUGUUAUUUUAUACACAAAUAAGUACUAAAAUCUCUAUUAUACAUGAAUAAGAACUUUGCAUAAGAAAUGAAAUCCCUCAAAGUUAUAUACGUUUGUUUAAGAAAGAUUCUCUAUUAUUUGUUUUGAACCAAAAAUAAACUUUAAUGUUGACAUCCGCAUUACAGCAGAACUAACCAAAUUUUUAGGUGAUAUUCAUAUACAUACACACACAUACUUACCGAUGAGCGUAUCCUGUACCGCUAUUUUGUACUUUUUAUAUCAUUGAAAAUUUGCUUACGAAACAACCAACAACAAACUUGACGACGAACGAAAUAAUAUAAUAGCGUUAGUAAUAAAAGUGUAUCGAUUUUUUUCUAUUUCAAUUAAAAAAUAAAUUAGGAAGGGGUGAGACGUUAGUUUAAAUACGAUUAAUAAAAAAAGUUAGACGAAAUUACAAUUUCUAAGCAUUCGACAGUUUCUGAUUCAUUACAGUUUAUCAUACAUAUACUUAAUAACGAAUUGACUGAUUUACUAUUAAAAGUAAUAAGCAUAAGUGUUGUAAGAGAGUAGCAUGUACUACAAACGACGAGCUGUAUACAUUAGUAGUUACAAGAAUACAUAUAUAUAAAACAUACAGUUUUCAUUAUACGAAAUUCAUACAAAAUAGGUGUACCAAUAACAUAUGUAUAAUCACUGACUUGACAAGCAAAAACCAGCUACUUGAAUACGAAAAUACAUAGACUUAAGACAAAUUUGAAUAAUUCGGCGCUUGUGUGCAACUGUUAAAUCAUAAGUUCCACUUCUACAUUGCAGAAUACCAGCAAAGUGCUUGAUUAUUCAAAAUUUCAUUAUUUUUAUACAAUGAGUAGGGUACAUUAAAAUUGCCACGAAGUUUGUAACACCCAGGAAACGUUGGAGACCUUUAAGAUGUACAUGUAUAUCAAUGAUUAGGAUGACCAGCUGUCCGUCUGUUUGUAUAUACGCGCCCCUAAAUGUUAUUGAUGUGAAAUUUUGCAUACAUCGUCUUCUCUCCAAGAAGUCUGAAACGCCAAAUCGGAUAGCUAUAUCAUAUAGCUACCAUACAAAGUGAACGAUCAAAAUAAAGUUUUAAAGUUCCCGUGACAAUCGGUCCUACGUAAUCGGAACGGACCCAGAUCUUUAUACGGCCAAGGACUGUCGAACCGGCAACAUUCUUGCAAACAACAACGAUCAAAAUCAUGCCCUUGUAUGGACAAGUUUUUAAUUGAUAAUAUAUAUUCACGAAAUUUGUCAUGAAUUAUUGUCUUAAGCAACGUUAUACUGUCAUAUAAACUAAUCGAUCGAAACUCAAUUUUUGUAUAGAAAACUUUUUCAUUUGAAAAUAUGUUUGUUACAAAAUUUGGCACAGAUUGUUGUCCAAGACAAUUCUACAGAAAAUUUUCAGAUCGGACCACUAUAGCGUAUAGAUACUAUUCAAAUUUUCAACGCUUAGGAAAAUCAACUGAAAACUUUUCAAAGGGUAUCUAGCUUCGGUGCAACGGAAGUUAAAGGUUUUCUGCCCUGUUUUUUUAAACAGUAGAAUCAUAUAAUUAAAAAAAUAGGCCGGUAAUAAAAGCGUAUGACACUUUAUUAGUGAGUAUAAAACAUUUGAGGUACGAAAUAAAGAUAUUAAUAAAAAUAUCCAUAUAAAAAAUAUUUGUGUAGAAUUUGCUAAAGGCACAAAUAUAUACAUUAACACAUAGCUAUGAGUAUAAUUAAACUAAAAUAUAAAAGAGAAUUAAGUGUAAUCAAAACGAAGCAUUUCCCCAAAAAAAGAGAAAAACAAAUAAAAUAAUUAUAACCAGCAACAACAAAAACAAGCCCACUUAAAAGUUCAUAAUGUUUAAAAAUAAGAAAAAUAUCAGUUUGCAAAUUGUAAACCGUACAUAACAUAGAGAAAAUGUAAAUUACAACAACCACAAAAAUCUCAAAAAAGUGAAGGUUAGCAAUUUAGUUUUUAAAAUUUAUUUCGAUUAGCAUGACAUAUAGCCAGCCAAGUGUUGAAGUGUCGCGUGGCUUCAAGAGUACAACAGAUGAUGGUUGACAACGAAGCGUUCGUUCCAUCUGUCCGUUUGUCGAUGUUAAAGCCGACGUAGCCGAAUUUUUUAGCCAAUGGGCUCGUUGUUAACGUUGCCAUUAACAUCGACUAUUCGCCUGCAAAAGAUUAAAAUUAAAGCCAAUUAAAAUAACAGUUAAGUGGAUAUAAGAUUGAUACCUAUUAUAAUAACAAUGCAUACAUAUAUAUACAUAAAUGUACUUAUAAAAUGGAACAACAUACUAUGAUAAUUCAUAUUCUCUUUUAAAUAAGAAUUUCGACAUUUUCGUACCAAAAUUAGUUAUUAAAAUUUUACAACAACAAAAUAUUUAAACACAACCAAUAUGAAUGAAAAUAGUGUUAAUGAUAAAAACAAAUGCAGUUCGUAUGCUAGUAUCGGUAACAGUAAAACUGUUGGAAGGCAAUUUAGUAUAACUCAUUACAAUUUAAAAAUUAUGUACAUACAUAUAUACAUACGCAUAUGUGUGUGUAUUUUUAAUCAUAUAAUCGCUGGAGAACAACACCUGUUAAAAAUGUUUAUUUAACGGCAUUUAUUCUUCGUAUUUGUUCGGCUUGAAGUACACAUACUUUUGUUAAAGUGAAUACUAACUUAAAACACCAACCCACUAAUUAUUUUAUGCGUAAACGAACACAGACAAACUACUGCUUUUAAAAAAGAUUGAGGUAAUAUUUCUUAUAUUUGGUUAUACAUUAAACGUACAUACAUAUGUUGUUGGAUAAUUAAGAGUUACUUCGUAGACACAUGUCAGUGAUUUAAGAUGAAUGUACGAAAAGUUUAUAUUUUCAAUUGUAUAUAAAUAAUGUCAUUGAAUGCAUUACUAAUUUUGCAAGGAAGUAAAAAUUCCACAUAUAUGGUACAUACAUACAUAUAUGUAUUCAUGUACAAUUAAUACCAACGCUGACGCCCAACAACCCACUUGCAUUAUUAAUGCCUUUUGGUAAUCUUCAUAACAGUUUUAUUAUGUGCUCAAUGUAGUUGUAUGUUUGUAUUAAAUGCAUAAUUUUCACUGAUUCCUUCUGCUAAGAAAUUCAAAGCCACUAUAUACUAAUACUGCUGUCAAACCGGAAGGACUCAAAAUAACAAUUUGAAAGAGGAGCCUCUAAGGGUUCUAUUAUUCAGUUCGCACACACAUAUACAUGUACACUUAAUUAACUAAUAUGUAUAUUAAUUUCACAACUCUCCUAAAAAAUGAAAUCAUUCAACGUUGAAUGUUUUUUAACUUAUAAUUUUUGCAUUAAAAAUUAGAUUUUCAUUAUUUAUUCCAAUUAUCGGAUCAAAAAUUUAAUUUUAUUAUUAAAUUAAAAAAAUAAAAUUUCAAAUUUUAAAUCCCAAACAUCUUGGUUUGAAAUUUUUCGAAAUUUUUUUUUAAUUUAAAGAUUCAACUAACAGAUAAAAUAAUAAUUUUUCAAACUAAAAACUGAAAUAAAAACCUAUAUACAUAUACCCUAUAAUAAAAAGCAAUUAAAUACAAAUUAGACAAAAGAACAAAAAUAAAUUGAUAUAUUAUUAAAAUCCGUUAUUGGCCUUAAAAUCUAGAAUUUUUUUAUUACGAUUUUCGGAAUUAAAAAUAAAAGAAAAUAUUUCAUGUUUUGAUUCAAUUUGUUUAACGCUUUAUUUGCAACCCUUAUUAUCAUCAUUAUUAAUAUUGGCAUACAAUUUUUUGAUUUUACUUACCCAUAAAACAAACAUGCAGCUGGAAGUUAUUUUGUAUUAAAUUGUCAACACUUUCAAUCUUUUCAAGAAUUCACUGCUCUUAGAAAAUUUGAAAGUUAGUUUUACCCUCUCCUGCGAGUACUAAUCAACUUGGUAAAUAUAAAUGCGGAAGAGUGUAAAGUAUUAGAGCAAAUACCGUUAAAUAUUUCCCCCAGCAUUGCACCCGCCGGUCUUAUAGUUCACUAUUUCACACACUCAUAUAGCCAUCGAGAGUUGUUGUGUGUAUUAUGUAUGUGUAUAUCAAGCAACUUUAACAUCAAUUCAUCGUACAUUUAUAUAUUAUAGGUUAUAAUAUGGUAGUAACUUCAAAAGCAAAUAGAAAAUAACUCCAAAAAGUAUAUAUGCUUAUGCUAUAACGGUUUAACUCUGUUUUUAACGAAGUGUUAGACACUGUUCCAUCUUCUUCUUCUUCAUCUGCUUACAUACAUACAUCUAUACAUUAAAUAUUUUUGGUUUGAAAUUUCGAAAUGUGUUUGUCAGUUGAUUACUUAUAAAUUGAAUUAAUUCUUAAUUAUAAUAUGAACACAGUGCCUAAGUAAUCAAAAUAUCUAUCAAGGACAUUGUUACUAAAUAUAAUAAUUGAAUUGUAAAAAGUUUUGACGUAAUAGGAAAAAAGAGUGUUAAAAAAUAAAAGCAACAAGUGGUAUGCAAAAACAAUUUUUUUUAUGAUUUAAAUCAUAAAUGAUGAAAAUGCGCUCUUUGAGUAUUAUAUAAUAAAUCCGUAUAUGAAUUCUGGUUACUUGAAAUAAUAUUGUUUAAUAAUGACAAAUGGCGGCAUCUGAAUAUGUAAUUGUUUAGCCAGGAUGAGUAUUUGACGUUAGAAUUCACGAAAAAGAAAAAUAAAAUUAAAAAAAGUAGUAAAUAAUAUUCGCUGGCAUGUAUGUAUGUGUAACCUCACUAAACAUAUAGUUCUGUUGAUUACGUUUAAAGAAAAAAUACAAAAUAAACAAUUUAGACAACAUUAAAAAAUAGAAAAAAUAAAAUAAUAAUAACGGUAAAUAGAGUAUGUGAAACUGGUAAUGGUAAUAGUAAAAAUCAUAAAUACAUUACAAAUGAUUAUGUAUGUCAGUGUAUAGUUUAGUGAUUGAUUCGAUAUAAGCGUUUUUCAAUUUGUAAACCCCAAGACAGUUCAGAGAGUAAUAAGAAAUUACAACAACAACAACAACAACAGCAGUCACCGUAAAUUUUACAAGAGCGUUUUUUAAGAUUUGAAGUGCAAGAAAAACACAAAAUAGGUACAAUAAAUUCAAAACCAAUCGACACGCUAUUCAAAACGACUGCAUGUGCAUACAUACUUCCAUGCAUAAAUAGUUAUGUAUGUGUGUACAUGUUUACAACUAUAAGUAUGUAUCUUGUUACGUCUAAACCAAUGUAGUGAGACCAUAAUUUUUUGUAAGCGUUGAGCCACAAAUGUUUAAAGAAACUUUUUUAUUAAGUACACUUACAUACAUACAGACAUACAUACAUACAAACAUAUACAUAUAAAUUGUCUAUAAAGGACGUUUUCAUUUUAUAAUAUUCACAAAGCAACUGUAUUUACGUACAUAUUAAUGUAGCAAUAUGAAUUUUGUUCUUUAAAAUAAAUAUAUACAAUACAUUUUCAGCAAUGCGUUUUCGCGAGAAGGGUGGUUUGAUAUACCAAAUCUUAAUAUAACAAUAUCCAUAUGCAUACACACUUAUGUUCAUACAUUGAAAUACAAAAAUUAAAUAUAUAUAUAUUCUUAUACAUUAUAGUGUUAGUUAUUUUACAAGUUGUGUUUUUUUUGCCGUAAAAAUAAACAUCUAACGUAAUCAAGCUCUUCUUCUUUUCAUUGGGCUCCUCUGAAAGUAUUCGACGCAGUGCAAGCCGAAGAAAGAAAAGGAAGACCUACACUCCGUUGGAGAGAUCAGGUGGAGAAGAAUCUGGCUGCACUUGGUAUCUUGAAUUGGUGCUAAAUUGCGAAAAGAACAACGAAAGAGGAAUCAAGCUCUUCAUUUUCAAUUUCAAAACGAACCAACGUAUUUUUUUUCCUAUAUAUGUAUUUUAUAUGGGAUUUUUUUUUAACUUUCACAAUGAAUUUAUUAUCAAAAAGCGUAUAACUUUUAAGGUAAUGUUUUUAUGGAAAAUAUCCUUAAGACUUUGUUUGUAAAGCAGAAAAUUUUGUAUUAGAAUAUUGUUUUUUUUUUCAAAGUUGUAGGAGACCACAAAAUCCCAUGCUAAAAACUUGGGGAAAGGAAAUGUGAUUUAGGCACAGCUUAAAUUGAAAAUAAAGAGUUUGGUUGCGGUGGAUCUUAUUUUUAGAGCAAAACUUGAAACAUCAGUAACGUUUGCAAAAAAACAAUCAAAUUGGGACUCCCUAGAAUACAUACAUACAUAUUUGCAUAAUUUUUAAAUUCUUUUUUGAUUCAAAAUAUAUUUUAAUGAUACCUUUCUUUAAAUUUUUACCAAACUAUCAAAUAUUUUUAUUUUAAUGUAGUUUACACAUACAAACAUACAUAUGUAUGUAUUAUUAUAUACAGCAUGAGUCGUUAUAAUAAACUAAUACGUUCUACUACUUAUAGUUGCAUAAAAAUUGCUUGGCUUUAUUAUUUGUUAUUAUUAUACAAACUUAUGGUAUAUGCAAUUUAUAUUUAUGUAGAUUGAGAUCUGUUAUAUUCAUUAAAAAAGGUAAUAAUUUUUCAAUUUCCAGCAAGCAAAUUUUUGCAGUCAAAGUAAUUGUUUUUUUUUCACUCAUGUUAUACAGCAUCAAUAUUAAAUAAAACAUAAUAAAAAGAUUUUUUGAGUUGUUUAAUUAAAAAAUUUUAUAUUUUUUGUUAAAGAUCCAUCAAUCGAUACGGUAUUUCUGUUUAUUUAUCAGUUGUUUAUAUUUAUAAUUAAUUGGAGGGAAAAUAUUUUUUGCAGAUGAGCUAUACUAUUCAUAAGACUGUCGUAUCGCAAUUGUAACGACACGUAUUUAUGUAUAUCCGAUAUCCCUGUAACUUGUAAAACCACCUAUCGGUUAAAUCACCGGUUAAUUUCUUAACAACGUUACCAGAAAUUUCUGUUAAAGCUUCUAUGAGUUUCUUAACGCGCAAUGGAUAACUAACAAAAACUUUUGAGUACAUUUGAUCGUUCAUCCCUUUCUUACACAAAGGUCUUGAAAGUUACUCGGUGUGUAAGUGAUAAUUUCCAAGCUGAUUCUUUCGAUGUGUUGGAUUUUCGGUAACCGUAAUUUGAUGCAAUGGUAUUGGCUUAAUUGCAAUAAUUCCAAAUUAAUCUUUUGAAACUCUGAACAAUGAGGUGGUUUUACAAGAAAUCAUUCCAUUCGUGUUAAUAACUUUUAUAAAUGUUGAAACAUAUUACGAAAUGUAUUCGGACUAAUGAGAACGCGGAUUAAUAUCUAUAUUACUUAAUUCACCACCCAAUACAAACUAGCACGUUACCAAAUUGACGUGACUUUUGAAAUUGUUGCCACCGUCAUUCAAUUUGUAUGCAAAGGAAAAUAUUUGGAACAUUUGUGAAUAAAAUAAAUAUUUCACGUAGGGAUAUAAAAGAAAUAAACUUUAAUGGCUUUCACACAAUUUACUUAAAAAUUAAUAUACGAAAAUAAAAUGCUCAGAUAAUUUGUAUUUUAAAACCUUCAUUAAAUUAAAUAACAAUGCUGAACCUAAUAAUUGAAAUUUUCAUAAUUCGCCUAGGUGUUUUUUUUUUUGUAAAUAGCUUUUACUAACAGUAAGCGUUAAAUGUAUACUUUUUGUAAAGCAAAAAAUAAGAAUAAUUUUUUUCUAUCAAAAAUUAACAAUUUACAGUGACAUUGCAAUACUGUGAUAUGGCAGCACUAUAAAUGUACAAGUUUUGCAUCGACUUAUAUUUCUGCAAGCGGUCUUUUUUUGCAGGGACGAUGUUCUGAAAAUAAUUUUGUGAGACUUCCUGAAAAAUAAUUAAAGAUAGAGUUGUGGAUAAAUAUAUAUAAUAUUUAAUAAAUAUAGCAGUGUAUAGCUUCGAAAAUG